AUGGGAAUUAGUGGCAUUAAUGACGGAUGGUUCAUCGAAAUGAGUGAUCAGAGCUUCGCGGGUCAAGCGCGAGCUCUCAAAGUGAAAUCAUUUCUUCACCAUGGUCGCAGUAAAUUCCAAGAGGUGUUGGUAUUUGAGAGCGAAAGUUACGGCAAUGUUCUCGUACUCGACGGCAUAAUACAGGCCACGGAACGAGAUGAAUUUGCUUACCAGGAAAUGAUCUCACAUAUACCGCUUUAUGCGCAUCUUAAUCCUUCGAAAGUGCUCGUUAUCGGUGGUGGUGAUGGAGGAGUUUUGAGAGAGGUGGUCAAACACAACAGUGUUAACAGCGUAACUCUAGUAGAGAUUGACGAAACAGUCAUCACACUGGCGAAGAAAUACUUGCCAUCCAUGUCUUCCGCUUUCAACCAUCCAAAAGUUGAUGUCAAGCUCCAGGAUGGGUUCAUGUACUUGAGAGCGGCGGCAGCUGCUCACCAGAAAUUCGACAUAAUUAUCACGGAUUCCUCUGAUCCAGAAGGCCCCGCAGCCGCGUUUUUUCAAAAAGAGUACUUUCAAUUACUGUUCAAUGCUUUAAACGGCACUGGUAUAGUCAUAGCGCAAACCUCGGAAAAUGUCUGGCUUAACCUCCAAUACAUCAAGCAAUUGAUGACGACAGCGAGAGAGGUUUUUCCCGUUGUAAAUUAUUGCUACACAACGGUGCCGACGUAUACAUCAGGCCAAUUAGGCCUGAUCGUUUGUGGGAAAAAACAGGGAACUAACCUAGUCCAACCAAUUCGUCAACCCUCAGAGACAGAACAAGAAAAUAUGCGAUAUUACAAUUCCCAGAUGCAUUCAGCUUCAUUUAUUCUUCCAACGUGGGCUGAAAAUUGCUUAAACCGAUAA